UUGUGUUUGUGGUGAAAUUAAAGUUCGUGAGACAUUAAUUAACUCAUUUUUUUAUAAAUGAAGUUAUUCUUUGCUCGUUGGAACUGUGUUUGCAUGAUCGAUGUGUAUACUAAGCGGAUUACAGAAAUAAUGUAAUCUCACAAACUCUUUAAUUGAGCGUUAUAAAAUGCACCAUUAAUUAGUGGAAUAUGCAAGAGGAAUGAAUCUGCAGACAGAAUUUGAAUUCGUGUUAAAAGCAGGAUACGGUGAUCAGAGGUGUUGACGCUACAAAGUAAAAACCAUGACCGGAAAGAAAAAUGGCGACAAUCCCAGCAAACCAAGUGCUCCAUAUUCUACAGGAACUAUACCAAAACAUGGCAACAGGCCACGUGGAGUUGAUUUUGAAGGGCUGUAUGAUUACGAUUCAACGAUGCCGUCAGCACCGCCAUUGGACCAGAUGGAGCAAGUCAGUGGAUAUGAAACCAUAUCUUUCAAUUCAGUCAGUGUACCACCACCACCAUCACCAUCGGUCAGAGAGAUGUGGUGGGAGGACAGCUUGAAUCACUCAGUCCAACCACCACACCCAAAUGUGUCUGAGAAGAUAGCUCGUCAGGCUCUAUUGCAACAUGUGAAAAAGCAUUGGUGUUACGGAGAAAGUGCUGCAAGAAACAUGGCCAUAACCAAACUCAAACACUCAUCUGCAUUUCAUUACGAGCUGCAGACUUUCACAGAGAAGCGUGAGACAUCCUGGAAAUUCGUUCCAUACUCUGGAGGUGAAGUAGAUGGUGCAGAGAAUGGACCAGCUCCUUUACCAUGGGAUAUUAAUUCUCAGCCUUCUGAUAUGUUCAAGAAUGAGGAGAAGUUCAUCAGGGUACCUCACACUUCUUCAGUCAAACAGUGCCAUCGUUGCAAAGGGGCUGGCCAUAUUGUAUGCGCUGAAUGCUAUGGAAAGGGUUGGAUCCGUUGUCAGAUGUGCAAUGGAUAUGGAUACAGGACCCAAUCAGAACAGAGGGAGAGGUGCAUCAAUUGCUCCCUGUCUCGCCAUGGCCGUGGUCGUCAAGACUGCAAUGAGUGUAAUGCAAAGGGAAAGUUAAGCUGUUCUGUGUGUGAGGGUCAUGGCCAAAUUCUGUGCUACAUUCGUCUUACUGUUACCUGGAAAGUGAAUACUUCUGAACAUAUUGUAGAGGAUAUGGCAUUGCCAGAAAAAUUGGUUCGCUUUGUGUCUGGACAAGUUGCAUAUGAAGAGGAAGGUCCACAAGUGAUUCCAUUGCAGGGAUUCCCUGAUGAGGCCAUUAAUAUGGCUUCUGCUCAGCUUGUGCAAGAUCAUCUGAGGAAGUACCAGGACCAGAGGAUACUAGCCCAGCGUCAGCAGGUUCGUGUGGUUCCUAUCACGUCAGUCCGCUAUGAGUGGAAAGGCUAUGAUGGGGAAUUCUGGCUUUGUGGCUAUGAGAACAAGGUUCAUGCACCAGACUAUCCACAGACCUGUUGCUGCUACUGCUCCUGCACUCUGAGCUAGAUGGGUGCCAACUUCAGCUUGGCAUGAGAUUCAUGAUCAUACACCUUACAUGCUGCAUAUUUCACUUGCAAGAUUUCAUCAUACAAAUAGCAAGUUGAGUCUGGAUUCAUGUUUCUGAUGCAACACCCAGGAUGAGACUCCCCAAGACAGGACUUCCCCAAUCCCUCUACUCAUAACUUGCCUCAUCUGCCCACCAUCAGACUGGCUGCGAAGGGAUUAGUCGGAAGCGUAUUCACACGUAGCAAUGUAAUACUAUUUAACCAAGAAUGGACUUCAUUUAUUUAUUACCAAAGUCUCCAUCAGGUUUGCUAUGCGCCAUUUAAAGCUCAUACUCGUACAGUUGUAGAGACAGCUGCUUUAUGGAGGAAGCAAGGUCUGUGUGGGUAUUGCAUUAAUUUCGCCUGAGGGAUUGGUGCAUCCUUUAGGCACCCAUUGUCCAUGUUACAGGAUGAUAGUGAUGACAAUGGCCAAUAAAGGGGACCUGCAACUUAAUGUGGUAUCUGAAUAUCUUGAUAUUCUCAACAUAAGUGAGGAAGCCUACCACAGUGCUUCUCCAGGCUAGCCGACAGAGCGAAGCAAGCAGCCAAUCGGCGCAGACCACAGCAGUGCCAACGCCCAUUCAGUCGGGCACCACUACAACAGCAGUUAAAAAGGUGGACCUCCGACACACUGUCAUCAAGUCAGUGGGAGCUACCCCUACCACGAGACAGCUCAUCUGGAGUGCACACAGCAACAGUGAGUCUUCUAGCAGCAACACUGUCAGCUGACUCAGAGAGAAAAAGACUAUGAUAAGUUAAUUUCUAUUCAGCAUCAUUCAGGCUAAACUGCUACUGAUGUGUGUGAUCUUUGACUUGCUUGGUUCUGUUAUCAGGGGUCCAAUGUAUGUAGUUCAUGGUGUUGGAGUGAAGUUAGAGUGAAUGGUUUGUGGCUUUGUUUUAAUAUUGUCAUGAAUGUAACUGAUUUGGACACUGGAACAAGAAGGGAAAAAAAUUAUCUGCUAUUGUACUAUGUAAAGGAUUAGGUUUAUGUAAUGAGCCCCAUGGAGUACAUGUGUCUAUUUUACCUUAAAGCAGAGACAUCACAUCCUGUGAAUCCAGACAAUGGGACAAUGAGAAGAAAUGUUUAAAUGAACGCACCAUAGUACAGGUGAUGUAUGCAAAAGAUACAUUUAAUUUCACAGUCAAAACUUACAUGUAAAUCUGUUUGUACAGUGUUCUCUAUUUCUCCUACUCGAGCAUGGUCUCCAGGCAGUCAUUACUAGUUCUGUAAUGCCAAAUCAGCUUUCGUCCAUAAUUGUCUUAGUCAGAGUGUGGUUCUCUGGGCUGUAAUGCCAUGCAGUCAUGAAGGUGGGUAACCAAGGGGCUUUUCACAGGAACAUGCUGUCUCUGUCAUCAGAGUCAUGGCGAUUGUAUGAUGAUGGUUGGAUCCUAAGGAUGGACGCAGUCUGUUUCUUCAAAGUGUAGGUGUCCUCAUGCAAAACUGCACAAAUUUUCAGUGUAGAAGACCACAAUUUGAACACUUCUGUGAAAACUUCAAAACUUAUGACUACUGUAAAACAGGAUGACAUAUGUAAUUUUCCUUAAGCUAUGUUAGGUGUGUUCCUAUCUCUGUUUAUAUGACAUCUUUGUUUUUUUGUUUGCUCUUUCCUUACUGAGCUUUUUGACUGAUUUAGAAUAUGGAAGAAUAUGUACAUAUAUGUUGGUACAUAACCUAAUAUAACCCAACCUAACAAGUCAAAGGAUGAGUAUUUAUGUCUGUAGCAUGGAUUGGAUUAAGGAAAUUGUUACCAUGGUUGUUAAAGGCCAUGGUCCCAUAUAAUCUAGAUUUAAGAGGAAAUGAGCUUCAUUCAGAUGACAUUAGGACAGUGACAUAAGAGGGAAAGAAUGUAAUUUUUUUAUUUGUUUUACAGUACCAAUUAUUGACUCUUUCUGUGCAAUGAUGAAAGUGCUACUAUUUGUUAUGUUUUUAAAAGAGAACAAGUGUACUUUUAUCUAGUAUGAACCCUCAUCAUAUGCUGUCACCAUUUCCUAAUUUUUAACAUGUGCCAGAAAUAGUGAUUAGUCACUGUUUAUUAUCUUAUUAUUUGUAAUCACAAUCCAGACUGCUAGCUUUCACUUUUAGGUUAAGUUUCCAUGGAGUCAAGAUGCUCAAGGGACUGUCCAGAUUCCAGUCCAUUGAGUGCUGGAGACUCUCUUCCCAAGGUAUGAAAGGGUAAGAAGACUGCAUGGAGUCGUACCUCCACUCCCCCAUAUGUCUUAAUUGCUUGGUGCAGGAAUAACUUUACCUUUAUUUUUACCAUAUCAAACACCUCUGUCAUAUCACUGUUAUAUAUGUAAUACUCAUUUUGAAUUUUUGCCUUAAACAACAGUAGUUGGAAGGAGUGAACUGUAUCUCUUAGAUUUUUUAUAAAUCUUGUACAACCAAAGUUUUGUUAACUGUCAGCUUCAUGCUGUUAUAGUUAAAUAUAAAUCAGUUAUACUUUUUGUAUCCAUUGUGGAAAUGAGUAAUACACCGAUCUUUUUCAGGUUGUAUUUCUCUUCAUGGGCAGCUUCUGUGUAUAUACAAAGACCCUCAUCACAAUGGAGCACCCAAUAUCUGUGAUUCUAGUAUCCAGAACUCCCAUUAUCCAUAACAGAUCAUGCAAGAAUGUAAGAAGUCAGAAUUACUGGUUUUUUGGACUUUUUCAUUGUCCCAUAUUCUAAAAACUAGAGAACACAACAUUUUGGAAA